AUGGCAGAAACUGGGAGAGCUCUGCCACGCUGUGCUCUGCCGCGACCCCACAAGCCACGUGAAAGCGCUGCUGCGGGUUGCCAGAGUAGAUCAGCCCUUUGUCUGGACUCAGCCCUUGCCUUUUGCUCAGAUAGUCCCUGGUCCACCUCGAUGCUCCCUGGAAAAACGGAGAUGGCAGAAGAAGAAGAUAUAAAAUUUAUCACCGAUGAGAAGUUGGACUUUGGUCUGUCUUCUCUUUCAGACAGCCGAGAGGAGGAGCAUGUCGAGGAGGAGGAGCUCUGGCACGUUGACAGGGGCGUGGCACAAAGGCUCGACCUGAACGUGCAGCAGAGGGAGGGCGCAGGCCGGAGCAGAGAGUGCCUGGCCCGCUGGAGCCCGCUGAGUCCCGAGAAGCUGGAGGAGAUCGUGAAGGAGGCCAACCGGCUGGCUGUGCAACUGGAAAGAUGCAGCCUGCAGGAGAAGGAGAACGCCAGCGCCGGGGCUCUGGAUCCAGCCGGGGAGCCCCUUAUGCCUGUGCGGCUCCUGCACAAGGAGCGGGCGAGCCCCCGGAGCCCCCGGCGCGAGACCUUUGUGGUGAAGAACAGCCCCGUCAGAGCGCUGCUGCCCACCGUGGAGCCAGGGACACUCCUGCCCCCAGGGAAAAGCCCCUCGCCAUGCGCCAGAGCAGCACCGACUCCCCCCCACCUCCGACACAAGCUGGGCAGCUGCUCCACUGGCGGCGAACGGCUCCGUAAGAAAUCCACCCCCAGCAAGGGCCCUGCUCUGUCACCCACAAAGAGACCUCAGAGCAGCAAGAAGCCGAGCCUCCAGGACCCGCCCCGCAGCCGUGUGUCACCUGCAGUGGGGAGGAGAGAACCGAUGGGCCCCAGGUCGUCCCCAGCCCGACCCCGCCCUGCACAGGAGCCCUCACUGCCCCGCAGGAAAGCAGAGCCCCUCCAGGAAGCAAGUGAAGGUCGGGCUAAGGCCUCCAGGGACGAUGCUCCCCGGCUCCCAGCCAGCACCAGGCCUGCCCGCAGUGCACAUGCCCACCAGACCCAGGCCAGGAGCACUGCUGCCCCUGGGACCACGAGUUGCCGCCUGGUGCCCAGUGGCAUCCCCAAGCCGGCCAGCCGCAGUGUCCUCCUGAGCAGGGCUGCUGUGCCCGGGAGGCCCAGCCAGCCGCAGCCCGUGGGCCAUGGCUCAGCUGGCAGAAGGGUGCUGCCGAGCGCAGCCGGACAGAGAGGCCCCGGCCCCCAGCAGACAGCCCCUCCAGGCAGCAGGCUGCAGCCGCCCCGGAAGGUGACCUUGCCCAGCUCUCUGAGGUAAAGCUCUCCCGCUGUGUGGGGUGUGAGCCGUACGGGAGCAGAGCUGCAGAUCAGAGCAAUCCCUGAGAGCUGUUUGCCCCAGGGCUGGCGCCGCCUGCAGGUUUCCUACAUAACUGCAUGGACGCUUCAGGAGCAAAGCUGCCAGUCGGUGAGAGCAGCGUCCCUUCCUGUGGCCAGCCCUGGUUUGCAGCCACCUCGCUGCAGGAUUCCUGUAGCAGGAGCUGUCCAUCUCGCCCUGUGUGUUCUGCAGCCUGUCAGUGGCUGUCUUGUGCAUUAACCCCACAGCCACUUGUCCUCCCUGCAGGCUGAGAAAUCACUUUGACUUUGGCCCAGGAUCCCCCAGUGCUAAGGGCCCAGCACCCCCAGUUGGGCCAGGUUUGCAGCAGGGCUCUGCAUGGUGGGUGUUGAGCUCUCUAGAAAAUCUGGAUCCAUGUCGUCCCAGCACAUGGGCUUUGGUCUUUAAUCUUCCUCCCUCAUGGUCAUCUGCGCCCAUUGAUGGAUGUCUGACACCCCCAAGUCUGUGUGGCCUGCCUCCCUCGGCUUCCUGCCCUGACACUGGACUGCGAUAAAAUGGUUUGGGACCAGACACCGCCGAGACCCCGAUCCUCCUCGUGCUGGCAGAACCGGACUGACCCUUCACCUGCCCGCGGGGCAUUGUCUUGCUGUGCCCAGGCAUCUGUCACCAGCACAUGCCAGCUUGGAGGACACAGGAGAACUCAGGGCUGCCACCUGCUGGGCUGGCAGCCUUAACUCCCCAGUUUUGAGCCUCCGAAGUGAAGGCGCUUCGGGGGGGUCGUGGUUAGUUUUACUUUGUUUUUUUAGAUAGAGGAGGGGGAAAUGCUGAGCUUGUUCUGUGCGUGUGGACCGUACUGGCCUCGCCUGAUCUCAUAUGGCAGCUGCCUCCCUACAUGUUUAGUGGUUAUAGCUGGAGCGGGCCAGGAAACAGGGCUUCCCUGGAAAAUCAAAAUCCAAAAUAAUUUGAUUCUGGAAUGCUGCCGCAGUGCCUUGUGGGAGUUGUAGUUUGGGUGUCUUGUACCCUGUUGUUCUCUAAAGGUUAAGCUCCCUGGUCAGACUUCAUCUCCCAUGGUGCACCAUGGAAAGGGGAGACAGUGCCUCAUGGGAAUUGUAGUUUGGGUGCCUCACACUCCCAAUCUCUGUGUGCCAGGCUCCCUGAUUGGAUUUUGCCUCCAUUACUCGCUCUGGUCCUGCAUUUGCC